UGCUUUGACUGCCAGAAAAUACACACUUUCGGACUAGCUAGCCUCGGUCGAAUUCGGAGUGGGAAUGUUUUUCUCAAAAUGGCGCUCGGUCAGUAUAACGAGUAGACAGAAUAGAUGACGCGAAAAAGUGAAAAUUGACAACAAAAACGUGAUAUUUUUGUAAAAAUUUUAAUUGCAAAGUCUACCCAAGAACUUUCCUAAUAACGGUGAAGUGAAGUUUAUUACGUGAAUCCAUAAAAAGUGUGAAAAAAUUGAAAUUCUACAUAAAGUCAACGUAACGAGUUGCAGGAGAACGCGACGAGUCACGCAAGGCAGCGACAGCGUUGGGCAACGGCGCACAGAACGACCGGUCGAGCCGUUUUGCCGUGCAGCCACAACACGGUCGUAAUCCAGCUAGAUACAUAACGCAAGACAAAGUACAUAUUUGUGGUGCUCCACUGGUUUGCGAAUACUAAGUGAGCGGGUUUCGGUGUAGUACGGGACAAGUAAAAAAAAUCCCCAAACUAGAAGUUUUUUCGCACUGCAUAUAACACCAAUCGGAAGCAAAGCAAGUGCGUUUUGUUUUUGUAUUGUUGUGGGGAAGCGUUGAGACAUAAUCGGCAUUGAAAUUUUAGAUAAAGCAUUAUUACGUACAUUUUAUUCAGCGAUGAACGGGUUAUGCACUAGACUAGCAAUUUAUUGUGUUUGGUGUGUGUAAUAUGAUUUUUUAAUGCCUCCGCAGGCAACUCGUCGAAAUGUAAUAUUUUUGGCGCUGCAUAUCUAGUCUUAAUCACACAUUUACUACAAAAACUUUUCGUACAUCAAUAUGGAUCCCAAUUCAAGUCCCUGGUCCUAUGCUUAUAAUCGCAUUGUGCCAUCUGCCUCCAGCACUGGAUCUGCAGAAGAUUUUCAACAUCCACACUUGGCGCCUGCCCAAUCUUUAUUUCUACAGGCAGCACAUUCUGGUAUAGCUGCUAGCUUUAAUGCCGCAGCUGCUGGCAGCGGAAGUUUUGUAUCACCUUCACCCAUUGGCGGAUAUAAUCCAGUCUUUCAACAAAUCUACCAUCAUGCGGCUGCAGCUAGUGCACAACCAAAACCAGCCCACUACGCCUCAAGUGCUGUAAAUACACCAGUGCGUCAAAUACAAAUACCAUCAACGUUAGAUAAGCAAUUGACGAAUUUUCAAAAUCAAGCCGCUGUCGCUGUUGUAUCUUCAGCUGCCGCUGCAGCAGCAAAUAAUGCUGCUUCUAAUUACUAUGGUGAAAAUUCCUCAUCGAGCGGUGCUUCGCCAUCGCCCACAACAUCAGCAAUUACAUCAACAACGCUCAGUUGGAAUACACCGAUGAUAUCCAAUACAUUUCUGGCAAUGCAACAACAACAGCAACAGCAUCAGCAAACGCAACAGCAGCAACAUCAACAACAACAAGCGCAACAACCACAGUUGAAUUUAGUGGCCGAGAAGGUGCAAAUCAAACAGGAGAAGCCAUCCGACCUAAAAGCCUAUAAUGAUAUACUUUUAUAUCAGACGCAACUACAUCAACAACAACAACAGUUGCAACAGCAACAACAACAACAGCAAGAUGAAAUUAAUGCUACAAUUGACAAUGAUGCUGAAAUGUAUUGUACUAUUGAUGGUAAAAAUUAUAAAAUUGUACGCAAAGGUCAACAACAACAACUAAUACAAGUCGAUCAAAUACAUCAGAACGAUGUAAAUAGUUCAUAUGCUGCUGGCAGCACAACACCAGCACUCACAGUUGCUGUCGAUAAUGCUGUCUCACCACAUGUAAUUGUCUAUAAGACAGGCAGUGGUGGUGGUGCUGAAUCGCCGGCCUUGCGUCGUAAUAUUGCAGGUGCAGGCUCACCAGCUUCAGCCACAGUUGCUUAUUCGUCUGUGAUACAAAGUACACCGCAACAACAGCAACAGCUGCAGCAGCAUCAACAACAACAACAACAGCAACACGUUUCAGCGUGUUGGACUAAAAUCGAAGAUACCAAUGGUUCGGCGGACGGUGGUGCUAGUACGGAAGAUGUGAAAAAUGUUUUGCAAUUACAAGUGAAACAAGAAAAUCGUCAAUUGGGUUAUGUCACUGAUAAUGAUGUGGGCGAAAGUUUGAUAUUCAAUUUGCCACCUGGACUUGAAAUUAAACAAACUCUGUAUAAUCCAAAUACGGGUGCCCCAAUUAGUAAUUCGACUGUGUUGCAGCAUACGCAACAACAACAAGCACAAGCUCAAGCGCAGCAACAGCAGUUGUUAGCGCAGCAAAAUUUGUUCAAUAAUCAAAAAUUGCAGCAACAACAACAACAGCAACAACAUGUCGAAAAGCAACGGCGCCAGCAUAUGGUGGCUAAUAUGUUGGUAUCGCCUACGGCGAAUACAAAUAAUCAACAACAACAGCAGCAGCAACAACAACAAACUUCUUCCUCCCAAGCGUCACAGAUUCAAAUCAUACCCAAGGUUGAAGUGGAGCCGCCAAAGCAACUGCCUGCGAAACCUGCCAAAACACCGCGCAAGCGUCAACCGAAAAAGACGCUCGUUACGAACGACUAUGCGACGGUGCGCAGCCCACAGCAGGAUGUGGUGCAGCAUCAGCAACAACAGCAAGCACAACAACAACAACAGCAGCAACAGCAUCAUCAGCAGCAGCAGCAGCAGCAACAACAACAGCAGCAACAGCAACAACAACAACAAGCUACCUACUAUGAUUUCAAUAGUAAAUGGAAUACGCCCUUGAAGAUCGAGAACAAUACGCCGUCGCCGGUUGCGCAAGCGCCCGCCAUUAGCAUACCGACCUAUGUAAAUCCACAUGCCGCACAACAGCAACAGCAACAACAGCAGCAACAACAACAACAACAGGUGCAGCAGCAACAGCAACAGGUGGCAGCGCAACAACAGCAACAAAUACCGCAACCAGCGCAUAUGCAGUCAUCGCAAGCGCAGUCGCAGGCGCAUCUCACGAAUUUAUCUUCGUACUAUUCGAGCACAUUUCCACAACAAAUUGCUUCACAGUACACGGCAUGCAUGCAGCAGAAUGCAGCCACAGCUGGCGCCAUACCACAUACGCUUUAUAAUCUCAAUCAACCACAGCAACAGCAGCAGCAACCGCUGCAACAGUCACCGCCACAGCAGCAGCAACAACAACCACCUACACAACCGCCACAGCAGCAGCAGCAGCAAGCGCAGGCGCAAGUACAAGCACAACUACAGCAACAUGCGCCACAACAGCAGCAAACGCAACAACAACAACAGUCCAACGCAGAUGCACCGCCCGCUGCCAAUGAUCCGAGCAAUAAAGUGAUUGUGCCCAAUAUCGAAGAGGAAUUGGACUUUCUCACCGACGCUGUAGCGCCUAAACAGGGCUAUGCGAACUCUGCAACGAACUUGAACAAUAGCAAUGGGCGUAGUGCCACAAAUUUCGGCAUACGUCAUCCCCAAACGGAGGCACAAAGUGUUGGCAGCACGCCAGCGGUCCAUGCGCUCACUAAUAACGGCCUAACAGCGCCGGCGGCGGCGACGGGCGCAACGUUAGGCAAUAGUAUUGUACCGGGUAGCGAGCGUAGGCCGGUUGUUGGCACUUCGAUUGGCGAAAAAAAGACACAGUUCAUGGAUAGCUAUUUGAAGUUCCUGCAGGGUGAGCGUGACGAUUCGCCACCACCAGCUGUGGUUAAAAGUGGCCGCAAGGUGAACUAUCAACGUUCGCCGGGUGGCAAUACGGCAAAACGUACAAAAACCGGCAAUGGCAAUAACGAGGAGGCGGCAAGCGCUGGCGCGACUGGGCAAACGAGCGAGCAGCAGGCAAACCAGCAACAAGCAGGCGUUGUUGAUGAACAAAAUCCCGGUUUGUCGGCUGAUGACGCGCAUCGUAUUAAAAUACUCUCACAAACGCAGAUAUUGCCGAAGAAGCGACCACAGGCGCAUAUGGCGGCGGCGGCGGCAGCAGCUGCUGCUGCCGAGACAUCAGCUGCAGCCACAGCGAGCACAGCGUCGGUCAUACAGCAUCCAGCUGAGCAGCAGCAGCAGCAGCAACAGGCGCAACAACAGUUACAACAACAUCAGCAGCAGCAGCAACAACAGCAGCAGCAAUCAUUCCGCCCAUAUGGGCAGCAGAUUCCGACCCAAACACAACAACCGCAACAGGCGCAACAACAACAGCAACAACAGCAGCAGCAGCAACAUCCACAACAACAGCCACAGCAACAACAGCAACAAUACUGUGCACAAUUGGGGUUUAGCGGUGGUGGUGGCGGUGGCGGCGGCAGCAGUCAAGAUCCACUCACAUUGCCGCCACGACGCGAGCAAGGUCUACGCAAAGCGAAACAGACGAGCAUGCAUGCCAUGUUCAUGAGUACGGGCACAGCAGGUGGCGCUAGCGGCAGCGGUAUGGCCGAUAAUGAAGAUCAAGAGCCCGAUGAAUUCGCGGACUCCGAUACGGAUCCCGUUUGGACGCCACAAGACGAUGAUAGCGAUGAGGGCGGCAGAAGCUAUCGUCGGAAGACAUCGCGUAGAAAUAAGAGUGCACCGCGUAAAACUACUUAUAAUCAGCAGCCGGAGCAACAGCAACAACAAACGUCGCUCAAUCAAGUACAACCACAACAGCAACAACAACAACCGCAACAACAACAGCCACAGCAGCAGCAACAGUUGACGCAACAACAAAAUGUUGAUGGUUAUACACCGAAUAAGGCCAAUGCAUCAUCGUAUGCCAACGCCACGCACGAUGCGGACAAUUUUAAGACCGGUGAUUUCAUUGUACUCCGUUCCGAUUUGGUCAACGACUGGCCGAUCAUCUGGCAAGUGGACACCCAAUGUAUUCUACAAAAAUAUGAGCCAUUCUGCCAGAAUGGCAAAAUGUUCUAUCGCAACAUGUCAAUGUAUUCAUCAUGGAAUCUUGACUCAAAGAAGCUAUAUGUUAAGGCGCCCGUACGCAUACAAGUGCAAUCGCACAAGGAGACUAUUGUGGAAUUUAUGCGUUCCGAGCUGUUAGCCGACGAUACCGAGCAAUUUAUUGAGAAAAUUAUGGAAGACUAUUUGCGUUAUCGUGAUAACUUCGAAAUUUACAUACAAACAAUGAUAUCACAGGUGCUGGAUCCAAGCUUUUUCUUGGAAAUAACUAGAGAAAAGGAUGAAUACUUUUUGGGCAGCGUACGCAUUAUCGAUAGCAUAAUGGAUAAUUGUAAGCGUAAAUUACUCUCCAUUACGCCAUGGACGCGCAGUAUUAUCGUUUCAAUUGAAACUUAUCCCAAGUGUCAUGUAUUCACCGAGUGGGGACAAAAUAAUCUGACACAGAAAAAUUGUGGCGGUUGUCAUCAGCCAGGCAUAUCGGUGCGCUUUCUGCUGUUUGGUAAUCCCUAUCAUGCCAAUACGAUGCAACCGGUGCCCGUGGAUACGCGCUUGGCUUGUGAGAAGGACAUACUGUUGUGUCGCAUUUGCGCUGCCCGUGCUGAUAUAUUCCAUAAGAUUGCUCAUGAAAAGUAUAAUUUGUAUAUACAUUGUUCGUCACGUGUUGGUGAACAACAACAAGAAUAUCCGGGCAAAUCGUCAACGGAAAUUUUAAACGAUCUACUAGCCGAACACAAUUGGGUGGAUGAGUUAUUCCGCAAUAUGCGCAACUCCUGGGCUGAGGUGGAAAGUUUAGAACGUCAAAAACGUUUUCGUGAAGUCUCACAAUAAAAUUAAUCUACUGUAAUAUGAAUAUAUAUUUAAUAACUACGCAUCAGCAACGCUGGUAUUGGUGCUCAUACAUAUGUACAUGCUGAAUAAAUUCAGCCGAUAAGUUGCCGUGCAAUAAACAGCCCAGCAAGAAAAACUAACGAAAUUCCUUAUACAAUUCUAACUACACCGAAGCAAAAGUGCAGAAACAAAAUUAAUGCAAUGAAUAAAGUAUAAUUAACGUAAAUGUUAGCAGAAAUAAAUAUUCUUGUACCAACUGUUAUUAGCGCGUCUGAGCCAGCGCAAACUUAUGCGCCUGCAAACAACGUACAGGUGUGCGCUAAGCGGCGUUUUUAAGCGCCAUGCAAAAUACAAAUCUAUAUAAAAAGUAUAAAAUAGCAGUUACUAAGUAUCUAAAUACAUAUAUUACAUACUACGUAUACAAAUACAUAUACAUAUAUACAAUACAGUUUAGCAUAUAAUAUGCAUUUUUUUAUGUGCAUAAGCAUAAGUUAACCUAAAAAUUGGUUGACAAGCAUUAUUGUAGUUUACAUGUUUUUUUAAUAAGUUUAGUAUAAAAAUAUUUACUAUUUCUAUUUUUACGAAUAUAAAUAUUUUCGUUUUGGUGCGCAAGGCUUGGUAUGUGCUCAUGUGCGCGUUUUGGUUUUGAGUGGAGAAAAUUGUUAAUUUCAUAAAAUGCGGUGUGUUUAAAAUUUAUUGAGUUUAAAUCUAGAUUGCAAGAAUUUCUUUAAAUUCCUUUUUUUAAAAAUUUGUAUUUUUUUAAUUUUUGGUUUUUUUAAUUUUUGUAAGUUUUUGAAGUAAAAAAGUGCGUGACACCAUUGUUUUUUUAUUUUUGUUUAAACAUUUUUUUCACAUCUUUGUCUUGUUUUUUUUUAUUAAAAAAUUUUUUAUUUUAUUUCCAAAUUUUUUUUUAUUAAAAACUUAUUUUCAAAAUUUUUUUUAUUAUUUUAUUUUAUUUUCAAAAUUUCUUUUAUUAUUUUAUUUUAUUUUCAAAUUUUUUUUUAUUAAAAACUUUUAUUUUUUUUAUUUCCUCUUUUAAUUUUGGUUUUAAAAAUUUUUAUUUUGUUUAAAUGUUUAUAUUUUAAAUUGUUAAUAUUUUGUUUCAAAAUAUUUUUUUUUCUGUUACAAAAAUGUUUUUAUUUUUAUUUUUCUGUUUCUGUUUCAAAAAUGUUUUUUUUUUCUGUUUAAAAAAAUGUAUUUUUCUGUUUCAAAAUUGUGUGUUUUUGUUUUGUUUCAAAAUUUUUAUUUUGUUUAAAAAGUAUAUAUUGUUAAUUUUUUGUUUAAAAUUUUUUUUUUAUUUCUAUUUCAAGUUUUUUUUUUAUCUUUUCGGUUUCUGUUUCAAAAAAAUUAAUUUUUCGUAUGGUUUUCUACUAAAAAAUAAUUUUAAAAUAGUUAUAGAGCUAUAAAAAACAACAAGAAAUAAAACUAAAUUUUAAUAUCUAUGCUUUAACCUUUUUUUUUUGUAAUUUAACCAAUAAUAUCAAGCCUUGCGUUCACUAAAUGCAUUAAACUAUUUCGUUUUCCACCGCAUUUUCAAAUUUUCAUAAGCAAAUACUUUAUUUUAAACGUAAAUAAUUUUUUUUUUUUUGCUUUCUAAUAUUAAAUUUUAAUUUUCUAUGCAUUGCAACUAAAACACAAACUACGAAAGACACCAAAAACGCAAAACACUAAAUGCGCGUCAAGUGUUGUGAAAUAUUUUAAAACUUCUUAUAA